AUGGUUCGAAUUCAAACAGUUCUUCUUGUUGUUGCUGUGGCUUUUCUCGUCAUGGCAAAUACAUCUGUCAAUGGACAAUGCUAUACGUCUUGCAUCAGUGGUGGUUGUUGUCCAUCAAGCCAUCCUCAAUGUUGUGUAGCGAAUGGAGUAAAACUCUGCUGUCGUGUCAAUCGUGCACUUACACGGGCGAGCGAAGCAGACCUCGAUGAAAGUACAUCACCACGUUACAACCUUGUUUCGCAGUAG